AUGAAAUCUAAAUUGAAAGAAACAAAAUCUAGGAUGUUUCUAUUAAAACUUGAGGAAAAUGGUAUCGAUUCAAGUAAGAAACAUCUUGAAAUUCCUCCGCAAAGACUUAGAAAUAUUUUGGAGAUUGAAAAGGAUUAAUUGGAGGAUUGGAUAAACAGUUAGGGAAAUUAGAAAACCCUUAAAUUUAAAGAUAAAAUUAAUAACGAAUGCCUUCUGAAUAUAGUAAAUAGUUGCUAAAAACUGAAAUUGGAAUAAAAUAAUGUUACUUUUUAUAAGCACCCUAUGAUUCAAUAAAGAGAUUUGAAAGAUUAAAGUAUUUUAAAAACUUUAGUUGUAAUUGGAGAAACAGGAGUUGGGAAAUCAACAAUGAUAAACUUUUCAGCAAUCACUAUAUUGGAUUCUAACAUGCAGAUCCAUUUAGAUUUAUAAUUGUUGAUGAAGAAUAAAUAUAACAACUAUAUAAAAGGAUUGGAUGGAAAUUCUGCCUCUAAGAAUAAUUGA